AAAUAUUUGAUGCAUUAAAACUAAAGUACUAAAAUGCUGUUAGAGGAAGACACUGAACAGUACAUGUAGGGAGAGCAUAGCUUCCUUUUUGUUGGUGUUAAGACGUGAAGCAACUCGUCAGUUCAGACAUUUACAGCUUUGGGCAUCAAACUGUGAUGAUCUUCAGAUAAACAUGGCCUCUAUAAAUACUUUAUCUUUAUACUUUAUUCUUAAUCUUUUCAUUCUGCUGCUUCCUGUUAACCCUUUGCUGGCGUUUUCAUUAAAAAACUGUACUAUACUUUACAAGGAGAACAUCUCUGCUGAUGUUUCUGUGGACUGUAGAAGCAUGAACUUUGUGACUGUCCCUGAUUACAUCCCUAAAAAUACUUCGUCAAUACAACUUGGAGACAAUCAGCUCCUAAGUAUUAACAGAAAAGACUUUCACGGCAUGUCAAAGCUGGUAAAUCUGAAUUUAACAGUGAAUAAAAUUGCUUACGUUGAACAAGGGUCAUUUAUCGACUUGGUUUUAUUGGAGACACUUGAUAUGGGAAAUAACAAACUUACCAGUCUGACAGCCAACAUGUUUGAAGGCCUGUCCAACCUCACAGUUCUGGUCCUCAGCAGAAACAAGAUCCAGCAUAUUCAUGAAUCUGCCUUCCAGUGUUUGACCAGCUUACAAACUCUUGAUAUCGCCUUUAUUCCACUUCAGAAAGUUGCAGAAAUUCUACCAGUCUUCCAUCUCCCGCAAUUACUUACACUUAACUUAAAAUACAUCAACUUCACUACUUUUGACACCAAAGAUCUCCCUUUGAAUCUCUCCUUGAGUCUUAAAGUGUUGGAAAUUUCUAAUUCUAAUUUGAAAAUCUUGAGCAUCAUAGGGAAAAUUUCCCCUUACCUCCAGACAGUAGACGUUUUACUCACAGAUAGUGUAAAAUGGGUGUUAUUUGACAAAAGCUUACUGAAGAACAUAACAAGCUUGGAUGUUGCCGUAGCAUCAGAUUUUUUUGACGUAAUCCAUAAAGUUCUGGAAAGUCUUGAAAGACUGAGAGAUAUAAAGUUUGAAUGUGUGGAUAACUGGAUUGAAAAGGGUCUGCUACCUGCAGUCUGCAAAAUACAAACACUCAGGAAGCUUACUAUUUCCCAAAGCCAUUUUCACAAUUUUACUACUGACCUUGUAUCAUGCGCCCAGCUCAGAGAACUUAACCUGGAAGAUACUUUCAUGGAUAAACUGUCAAAAGGUUCAAUGCAAUCAAUGAUGCAGCUGCGAUUCUUAAACCUGGGUUACAACUUCCUCACCGAAGUUCCAGGUGACAUAAGGAGCCUCUCGACUCUUGAGAUCCUGAUUAUGAGUGCAAAUGACAUGUAUGGGUUGAAAUGCGAUGAUUUUUCCAACACCACGGGUCUGAAAGAACUUUACUUGAACAUAAACCACAUAACCAAACUGGAGAGGUGUAUUACUGAAAACCUCGUCAAUCUAAAGGUUUUGGAUAUGAGUAACAAUAAGUUGAAAGAAUUCGGAGAUUCUUUCAAAAUCUCCCUGCAGAAACUUGAGGCCUUAGAUAUCAGCCACAACCCCAUAAGGUAUCUGGAGACAGAUGUUUUUCAAUAUUUAAAGUCUCUCAAAGAACUGAAGGUGGAAACCUAUCAUUUUGUAGACGUACCUUAUUUCAGUGGCUUAGAGAACAUUCAAAAUGUAACAAUCUACUUACAUACAGACAGGACUUUCCAAAGUCUUCAGUCAAACAAUGAUAAACCCUUUAGUGAUGUUAACACAAUGAAGCAGCUAACUCUAAUCGGAAGCAGCAAUACCCAAUGGGUGCCCUUUAAUACAAUUAGGGAAAUGCUCAGAGCUUAUGGAGAUUUGGGAACCGUUACGGUUUUGAAUAUCUAUAUAAAUUACUAUGAAGUGGAAACAUUUGAGCUGAACCUCCAGCUAAAAAGUCUGACGUUAUCAUCGACAGAUUUGUCAUACUUAAGCUCUAAAUUCUUCCUACCACUGCCAAACCUGCAGCACCUGGAUCUCUCCAUGUCUAAACUCAGGUCUUUGGAUUUUCUGGUCCAGGCCAACCUUUCUGCUCUCAGAUAUCUGAACCUAACUGACAAUGAGAUCAGUGUUAUUAACGAGACAGUCUUCCAGUCUCUACCCUCUCUGAGGUUCUUGGCUCUAGACAACAACCCGUUCUCAUGCGAGUGCUCAAACGCAGGCUUCAUCCAUUGGGUAGUGACCAACCCCCAAACCCAGGUGGUAAACGCUCAUCAGUAUAAAUGUUUCUUUCCUGUGGACAAACAAGAAGCCUUGUUACUAGAAUUUGAUGUUCAGUCAUGUCGAGACGAUGGCAGCUUUCUUUACUUCAUUUCCAGCUCUUGUCUGGUUGCUCUGACUCUCCUCUCAUCCUUCGUUUACCACUUCCUGAGGUGGCAUCUCACCUACACCUUCCACCUCUUCUGGGCCUUUCUCUACGACAGCAGGAAGGGGAGAAAGAAAGACCCUCAUCGGUUUGAUGCCUUUGUGUCCUAUAAUGUCCGCGAUGAGGGCUGGGUUUACAGAGAGAUGCUUCCAGUAUUGGAGGGAGAGCAGGGAUGGAGACUCUGCCUGCACCACAGAGACUUCCAACCAGGUAAACCCAUCAUAGAGAACAUCACUGAUGCCAUCUACGGCAGCAGGAAAACCAUCUGUGUGAUCAGCCGCAGCUACCUGCAGAGCGAAUGGUGCUCCAGAGAGAUCCAGAUGGCCAGCUUUCGCCUGUUUGAUGAGAAGAAAGAUGUUCUGAUUCUGUUGUUUCUGGAGGAAAUCCCCUCCUACCAU